GCUGAGCUCAGGGAGAGGAGGAUGUCUCUUUAAGAGGCUCAGCCCUCUCAGUGCAGAAACAAUCAUGAACAACCCCCCCAACAAGUCAUCGGACCUGUCAAUCAUCCGGUCGGCGCCCUUUGAUGUCGGGACUCGUUGCCUUGUGUUGAGCUGUUAGCUGUAGUAGGAAACAUUAGUCCUCUAUAUACCAAGCAGCAGCAGACAGCCAGCCGGGGGACGACACAGAGCAACUUUUUCCCUCUCUGUGUGCUGGAGGUUUCUACACUUUGGAGGGCAGACUGAGGAGAUUUAACAGAAAGAAAAAGUCCCUUAAUUUAUACUUUUUUUUUUGGUUGUUGUUAUCAUUAAGAGUCUAGAGGAGAGUCUUUGGAGAAGUAGUAGUAGAGACAUGCCUCAGCUGAGCAGCGGCGGUGGGGACGACCUGGGAGCCAAUGAUGAGAUGAUUGCGUUCAAAGACGAAGGAGAGCAGGAGGAGAAAAUCCAAGAAAACGCGUUCACGGAGAGAGACCUGGCCGACCUCAAGUCCUCUCUGGUGAACGAGUCGGAAAUAAAUCAAAGUCCGAACGCAGCGGCGGUCAGACGAGGACAUCACGGAGAGCAGAGGGGCUACCCAGACAAACACCGGGAGCAUCACGACGGAGUGUCGAAGCAUCAAGAUGGAGGCAUGUACAAGACGCAGGCGUAUCCGAGUUAUCCGUUCCUGAUGCUGCCUGACCCCUACCUCCCCAACAGCUCGGUUUCUCCAUCUUCCAACAAAGUGUCGGUGGUGCAGCAGUCUCACGGGAUGCACCCGCUGACGUCCCUCCUGCCCUACAGCAACGAGCACUUCAGCCCGAGUCCUCCCCACCUGCCCACAGACAUGAGCCAAAAGACAGGCGUUCACAGGCACCAGUCCCAGGACCUCUCAGGGUACUACUCCCUCCCUCCAGGCGGCGUCGGCCAGAUCACUCCCUCCAUGGGCUGGCAGAGCCAGCCCGUCUACCCUGCCCUGUCCCCCUGUGGAUACAGGCAGUCCUACCCAUCCAACCUCUCCAGCGCCUCCUACUCCAGGUAUCGUAGCCUGCUGGUCGGACCGAGCCAGGCCGAUCCAAGAAAGUUCCCUCACUCUCUGAUGCUGGGCCCAGGGGGCAUGCAUCCUACAGGGAUCCCCCACCCAGCCAUAGUGCCCCCUUCAGGCAAACAGGAGCACGAUCACUAUGACAGGGGCAUGUAUGUGAAGCAGCAUGUGGAGGCCAAGCGAGAGAAGGAGCCCAAGAAGCCGGUCAUCAAGAAACCCCUGAACGCCUUCAUGCUCUACAUGAAGGAGAUGAGGGCGAAGGUCAUCGCCGAGUGCACAUUAAAGGAGAGCGCUGCCAUCAACCAGAUUCUGGGCCGAAGGUGGCAUGCACUGACCCGGGAGGAACAGGCCAAGUACUACGAGUUGGCCAGGAAAGAGAGACAACUCCACAUGCAGCUCUACCCGACCUGGUCCGCCAGAGACAACUACGAGGCGGGCCUUAGCGGGGUCGCAGGGGAAAAGAGUAAAGCUGAUUGGAAGAGGAGAAAAAGGGAGAAGCUUCAGGACUCCAAUACAGACCCGGGCUCUCCUAAGAAAUGCCGGGCUCGCUUCGGCCUCAACCAACAAACGGACUGGUGCGGUCCUUGCAGGAGGAAAAAGAAGUGCAUUCGCUACCUUCAAGGAGGAGGCUGUCCCAGCCCAACUUCUUCAGAUUUAAGUGCUAUAGACUCUCCUCCCUCCCCCGCCCGCCACCAUCUGUACCAGCACCAGCUCCCCCCGUCCCGGGGCUGCUCCCCGCCGCCCACCUCCCCGUCGACACACCUCACCUUGUCUCCGCCGACACACACACCACGCUCACACACGCGCUUACCCCCGCAGCAGUCUGCCGGCAAGCGCGGCGACCUCCGUCAGCCCGCAACCAAACACGCCCACACACACCUGGAACUGACUGGCAAGCAGACGCACGGCUCGACGACGGCGCUGUCGGCCGCCAAGGCCGCAGGACUUUCUCUCAAAGUGCUAACAGAGUCUCAAUGAUCAAUGCUGUCCGCUCACGCCCCUGACCCCCCCCCACCUUCACCUCAGCUUCCUCCAGAGCCAUGACGAUCAUCUUCCUCACCUGCCUUCAUUCUCACAUCUUUGGUGGUCGUUUUUGUUUGAUUAAAACAAAAAAUAGGAGUGGUUGAAGGAGCCAUCCUUCAGCCCCCCGUGACAGCCAGCAUCCUCCCUGCUAGAUUACCCCAGAGUAAGAUACUAGCCAUGUCUCCGUUCAGAGGCUGGAUCCUCCACAGUCUGCGUUUCUAGACAGAAUACAUCAUUAACAGGUCAAUUCUUUCUCAAAGCCUCCUUCAAAUGGUCAAUUACUUAAUCAAGCAAUCAGGCAAUCCUUGGCCGAUGUGUGGCUCACCAAUCACUGGUAAAUUGUUACCAGGCUGGACAUGUUAAUAAGGUUAGCAUUAACCUAAUCAUACUGUAAAUUAGUUCAAACUUACUUGUUUUUAGGUUGAUGAUGAACACCCGAGUGUUAAACUGUGUCAUUUGUAAGAGAAACCUCCUGAUCCACAUCGUUGGGAGGAUCCAGCCUCUGAACUGGUGACUGAACCCCCACCAGUCAGUCAAAAGAGAUCCAGUUGUAGAGAGGCAGACCUGCACUGGAGGCACAACUAAUCUGUGGUUCUUUGGCUCCAUCUGCUGCAGUUCAACUCAAGUAAAGCGAUUCGUUUUUUGCCUCGAGGACAGCUCUGCCUCGUGAGAAAAAAAAUUCACAAAUAAAGCCCCGCUCUGUGCUCUUUUUUUUUUUUUUCAAAGCUGGCCCUGUGCUUUGACCUCCGUGACAAUCACAAACCAAAUGUAUUGUAAAUGAGCUCUUUGUUUAACAAAACCACUUCAGACUCUUCUUCAGUGCUGUUACACAUACAGUUUUCUCCAAAUGUAGGGGUUUACAGAUCACCAUCAGACACAUUAUUCACCACUAUCACUCAGACCAAACCAGAGGGGAGCAACAAGCAGCCAGUCUGACCAGCACAACCUCAGCUCUAAAGAGACACAUUCACCUUAUUUUGUUAAGUUUCAUUCCAUUUCCAAACAUUUUUACAACUGUGUGCAGCCCUCAAACACAUUUUCAGCAGGUAAAACAGUCUCAUACAUGACAGAAUAUCCCCAACUGCAAGUUACAUUGUUUCUUUUAGGCACUUUCAGUCUCUCACUAUAUCAACCGUUACAUUUUUGUUCCGUUUUCCCUCCUAAUCUUUGGUAUUUUUGUAUGAAUCUCGUGAUGUUUUGCUGGCGGGGAAACCCUCAGAGAAAGACAAGAGGGAUAUAUUUUUCUUCUCUUGGCUGUUUUCCUUUGACUGAACAGUUUUGCAGCUCCGUAAACUAAUCUGAGACCAAAUGGGUACUAUUAUAUUGCAUUGUGUUGUAAAGUUUUAUAAAUGUUGGAAUUCCCUAUUAUAAUUAAACUUUUAUAUGUUUUUAUGUAAAAAAGAAAAAAAAAAGGAAAUGACUUUAAAAAAAAAAAAAAGAUUCUUUUAGUUUCUACUAUUUCUUAAAGCAAUACAUUUUGUGUUUGUCCUCUUGUGCAGACUUUUACUUUUUGUUUCGGUCAAGUGUUCCUGCAGCAGCGUUCAAAUGAUAUCCUGUGUUCUCAAUCUGUGCAUGUCCCGACUUCAACGUAACAUCCAUUUUGACUAAAAAAAGGCUUUAUUUUACUGUUCUGCUUGCAGCUUCAAACUCGGCUUACAACGCUGUGGACAAACUGUAAACUGAGCUUUUGUACAGCAAAACUGUUUUCCUCCAGCAGAGAGAGCUCUUGUGCUAGAAAUAGCUUGUUUUAUUUUGAGGAUGUUCAGUCCGUAGUGGGAACGCAUCGGAGAUGUCUUUUGUAUUUUUUAUGCCUCAAAUGUAUUACUUGGUUUUGUUUGAUGUAUUAAAGUGUUUUAAAUAUCUUG